AUGGCAGAGUGUCCCGUCAAGCACGAUAACCGAAGGGCCAACGUCGCCGGCGGUGGUCAACGCAACCGCGACUGGUGGCCAGAGGGUCUCAGACUCAACAUCCUCCGCCAGAACAAUCCUGCCUCGACCCCCCUGGGCAAGGACUUUGACUAUGCCUCAGCCUUCAAGAGCCUCGAUUACGAUGCUGUCAAGAAAGAUUUACAUGCCUUGAUGACCGACUCGCAGGACUGGUGGCCCGCCGACCACGGUCAUUACGGUGGUCUCUUCAUCCGAAUGGCAUGGCACAGUGCUGGCACUUACCGUGUCAGCGACGGCCGUGGCGGUGGUGGCGCAGGCCAACAGAGAUUCGCUCCUCUCAACAGCUGGCCUGACAACGUGUCCCUCGACAAGGCUCGUCGGUUACUGUGGCCCAUCAAGCAGAAGUAUGGCAACAAGAUUUCAUGGGCUGACUUGAUGUUGCUCACCGGCAACGUCGCUUUGGAAUCCAUGGGUUGCAAGACAUUUGGUUUCGCCGGUGGUCGUCCAGACACAUUCGAAGCCGAUGAGGCCGUCUACUGGGGUGGUGAGACCACCUGGCUUGGUAACGACGUCCGUUACUCGGAUGGCAAGGCCGGCCUGUCUGAGGGCUCUCAUGGCGUCGUCGACGGCGACGAGCACAAGGAAAGUCACAAAGACAUUCACUCAAGAGAUCUCGAAUCUCCCCUUGCUGCUGCCCAUAUGGGUCUGAUCUACGUUAACCCAGAAGGUCCCGACGGUGUCCCAGAUCCUGUCGCCGCUGCCCGCGACAUCAGAACCACCUUCGGUCGUAUGGCCAUGGACGACGAGGAGACUGUUGCUCUGAUUGCUGGAGGUCACAGCUUUGGCAAGACCCACGGUGCUGCUCCUUCUGACAACGUUGGUCCUGAACCUGAAGCCACCGCCAUAGAGAACCAAGGUCUCGGAUGGCAGAACAAGUACGGCUCUGGCAAGGGUCCAGACACCAUCACGUCCGGAUUGGAAGUCAUCUGGACCAAGACCCCGAACAAGUUCAGCAAUGCCUACCUCGAAUACCUCUUCAAGUUUGAUUGGGAGCUCGAAAAGUCCCCUGCUGGUGCCAACCAAUGGGUGGCUAAGAACUCUGGUGAUAUUAUCCCUGACGCUUUCGACCCCAACAAGAAGCAUCCCGCAAGAAUGUUGACCACCGAUCUGUCUCUCCGCUUCGACCCAGCCUACGAGAAGAUCUCCCGUAGCUUCCUUGAGAACCCCGACAAGUUCCACGAUGCCUUCGCUCGUGCUUGGUUCAAGCUGCUCCAUCGUGACAUGGGUCCUCGAUCCCGCUGGCUCGGCCCUGAAAUUCCUUCCGAGAUCCUUCUCUGGGAAGACCCGAUUCCUCCAGUCGACCAUCCUCUCGUUGACGAAAGCGACAUUGCCUCGCUGAAGAAGGAAAUCCUUGCAACUGGCAUUGACAACACUAAGUUCAUUACAACCGCCUGGGCUUCCGCGUCCACCUACCGCAACAGCGAUAAGCGCGGUGGUGCCAAUGGUGCUCGCAUCCGUCUUGCUCCUCAGAAGGACUGGGAGAUCAACGACAAAUCAUCUCUCCAACAAGUCCUCAGUGCCCUUGAGAGCGUCCAGCAGAAGUUCAACGGCUCUGCAAGCGGUGGCAAGAAGGUCUCAUUGGCUGACUUAAUUGUUCUUGCUGGUGUCGCUGCCCUCGAGAAGGCGUCUGGCGCAUCUGUCCCAUUCACACCCGGCCGAACCGAUGCUUCACAAGAACAGACUGAUGUAGAAUCAUUUGCACACCUCGAGCCCCACCACGAUGGUUUCCGCAACUAUGGAAAGUCCACCCCUCGCGUCACCACCGAACAGUUCCUCGUUGACAAGGCUCACUUGCUCAACCUCAGUCCUCCGGAACUCACCGUGCUCGUCGGUGGUCUCCGUUCUCUGAACGCCAACUGGGAUGGCUCCAAGUAUGGUGUCUUCACCAACCGCCCUGGUCAAUUGUCUAAUGACUUCUUUGUCAACUUGCUCGACAUGAGCACUGCCUGGAAGUCGACAAGCUCUGACGGCGAAUACUUCGAGGGUGUGGACCGCAAGACUGGUCAGAAGAAGUGGAUUGCCACCCGCAACGAUCUCGUCUUUGGCUCCCAGGCCGAGCUCCGAGCCAUUGCUGAGGUCUAUGCUCAACCCGACAGUGCCGAGAAGUUUGUCAAGGACUUUAUUGCUGCUUGGGACAAGGUCAUGAUGGCCGACAGAUUCGAGGUCCAGGGCUCACAACCAGGAAAGGCCAGCGCCAGACUGUAA